CACCUGCUCCGGCAAAUGAAGGAAAUGCUGACGAAAGACCUGGAGGAGACGCACGGCAGCAAGUCGCCGGAGGUGCUGUCGGCCACCGAGCUGAAGGUGCAGCUGGCGCAGAAGGAGCAGGAGCUGGCGCGCGCCAAGGAGGCUCUGCAGGCCAUGAAAGCCGACCGCAAGCGCUUGAAGGUGGAGAAGACGGACCUGGUGAGCCAGAUGCAGCAGCUGUACGCCACGCUGGAGAGCCGCGAGGAGCAGCUCCGCGACUUCAUCAGGAACUACGAGCAGCACAGGAAAGAGAGCGAGGACGCGGUGAAAGCCCUGGCGAAGGAGAAGGACCUCCUGGAGCGGGAGAAGUGGGAGCUGCGACGGCAAGCCAAGGAGGCGACGGACCACGCCAGCGCCCUCCGCUCCCAGCUCGACCUGAAAGACAACCGCAUGAAGGAGCUGGAGGCCGAGCUGGCCAUGGCCAAGCAGUCCCUCGCCACGCUGACCAAGGACGUCCCCAAGCGCCAUUCCUUGGCCAUGCCGGGCGAGACGGUGCUGAACGGCAACCAGGAGUGGGUGAUGCAGGCCGACCUCCCGCUGACGGCCGCCAUCCGGCAGAGCCAGCAGACCCUCUACCACUUUUUUUUCCCCCCCCCCCCCCCGCCAAGGAUCAGGGCGCAGGCGGUCAGAGUGAGUCCCUGUCAUUCCCGGCAGCCGUCCAUCAUCUCCGACGCCUCUGCGGCCGAGGGCGACCGGUCGUCCACACCGAGCGACAUCAACUCGCCCCGGCAUCGAACGCACUCGCUCUGCAACGGGGACAGUCCUGGACCGGUACAGAAGAACUUGCACAACCCAAUCGUACAGUCUCUAGAGGACCUGGAAGACCAAAAACGGAAAAAGAAGAAAGAGAAGAUGGGCUUCGGCUCCAUCUCCAGGGUGUUCGCCCGGGGGAAGCAGCGCAAGUCCCUCGACCCCGGCCUCUUCGACGGUACGGCCCCUGACUACUACAUCGAGGAGGACGCGGACUGGUGACCCCCCGGCGCCGGGUGAGCGCCGGGAGCUUCUCCCCGGCCUCGCCGUCGCCCGUGUACAUACUCCCACCCCAACCCCGCCUGUGGACGUGUUACCUGUUGUCUUGGGAGCGAUGCAGCUGUGUCGUAACUUCAGUUUUUACCCUUUUUUUGUGGUUUUUUUUUUUUUUCCCCCCAUACCGGUAACUCCUUUGAUGUCGCUUCAGUUUGUCGGUUUGGGUUGGCUUUGGUUUUUUUUUUUUGUUGGUUGUUUUUUUGUUUUCUUUCCUCCUUCUUUUGACGAAACUUGAAACUUGAAGGACUGCUGUGUCUCUGUAAAUACCAGAAAUAUUGUGCACUUUGUGCUUGUGACGUCUCUUGUCCGAAACCGCUGUUUUCCGGAGCCCGGCCCGCGGGAUGUCCUCGCUCGGGGACGAAGGACCUGCCCAGCUGAGGGACCUUCGAGAGAAAACACACACACGCAAAAAAAAAAGGAAAAAAAGAAAAAAAAAAAUCUCGUUCGCUGUGAUGUCUUCCUGGCCAAACCCCGCGGAGGCGACACGGGCUGGUUGUGACGCCUGCCAGUCUGGAAAUAAGUGUUUUAACGUUCCUUUUUAGUUGUUUUAAUUUAUUUGCACAAACCCAGAGGAGCUAUUCUAACUAAAUUAUUGCAGAAGUUU